AGCAGUUGAAUCGUUUUGCCGAGAAAUUUAUCAGGAUGACAAUUGCAGAUCUGAAUGCAGACCCUAAUGUGAAUCUGCAUAUUUCACACAAAAGACUAUCGCUAACGGCCGUGACACGAGUGUGAACAGUCAAAUUCCCACUCCAAACAGAACGGGCGAUUGCACAUACACGCACGUAAAAGUAAAUGUAAACAAAUCGUUGAAGGAGAAUCGAAAGAGAGUUCGGUUGGGGGCAUUUAUGCUAACUUGAUUUUCUUAUUCAUGUAAUAAUUUUAGCAUGCUCAUGAAAGGGAAAGAAAACAUGUUUUUUUUUCAAAAUUUCGACGGUUCGUCAAGAUCAAAUGCAACGGUCGCGUGUUCCACGAAUUCGCUGUAAGUUGAUUCCUUGCUUUUCAAAUGUAUGUCGAAACCAAAUUUGAAUAUUGACGAUACUGUCGUAAAAAGUGUAGAUAAGUCUAAUCUAAAUACUGACUGCACUUCUAUUGAAAGUAAAUCUGAUAAUAAAACAUCUAUAUUUGUUUUUGGGAAAAAGAAUGAGAAAAAUAACUCUGAUUUAAAUACUUCUGAAGGCUUCAAUUUCGUUUUUUGCAGUAAUUGCGUUGGUCCAAGUUCUUGCAAUUCUAACACAGACUCAAACAUUGGUGAAUCAUCAAGAGUCAAGUAUAAUUUCUCCAAUUUGUUUGAUAAUAAAAAAAAAAUGGAACCAAAGUUAGAAAAUGAAAUUAAAGCACAAUUAGAUUUGGACAAUAAUGAGACUUCCAUUGACAACCCAAAAGAAAAUUUUAUAAAAGAUAAGGAAUCAAAUAAUCAGGAUCAAAGUAUAGAUGAAAAUUCUUCGAACAGAGAAGUUGUGAAAAUUAUAGUGAAAGAAUUCAAGAAUGUGAUUAGUAGUUUUAUAAAUGAAAGAAUUGAGGGUGAGAAAAAAUUUGCACAGGUAGAAGCUAGAAUAACAAUUCUUGAAGAACAAGUACAAAAUUUGAGGACUACAGUUCCAAAAGAAAGUUCAUCAAUCAGCUUAGCUAAUAAUAAUGACACAGCAAAGUCAAUUACAAAUUCAGCAUCUCAGCAGCCUUUGUGUCAAUCACCAGUACUUUUUUCGCAUCAAACACUUUUACCUUUAGUACCAUCACCAGCUGAAUCUUCUACACUUCAAAAUAGUGCUUUUGGAUCUACAAGUUCAUUAUUUGGUUCAAGUAGUACUCCUUUUAUUAAUGGUACUUCAACUGGUACUUCAACUAAUACAUUCAGCUCUGCAGCAAGCUCUGUUCUUGAUAAUAGCAAUACUACUUCAUCUAAUUUGGUUGUUGGAUCAUCAGCUUUCGAUCCUACUAUGGCUACUAAAAUUCCAGGAGGUAGUCAAUUAUUUGGCAUUUCUACUCAAACUGCAAAGCAGACUGGGAAGAGUAUGGCCUGUGAACGUAAGAAAGUUCACAAACUUUUUUCCCAUGAAGCAGUGACUGACUUUUUAAAUGCUCAAAAAGAAUCUAGUAUGAACGAUUUUUCAACAAGAGCCAAUAAUGAAAAAACUUUUAAAAAAGUAGCCAAUGAACAGAAUAAUUUAGAACUAAAACAAGAUGUGCCAAACAAAGAAGCAUUUGAAUUACACCUUCAAAGAACCAUUCAAAUGAGUGUUAAGAAAGCUAUGGAAGAAUAUUGGGAACAUUUGAAAUCUAAUACUUCUGAAAGUAAUAUUAAGAAAUUUAAUUCUGGAAACAUGUUUUAAUACCCUUACACAUUUUUGAAGUUUGAAAUAGUUUUCCUAAAAUCAAUAGAAAAAUAAAAUGAAAAUGACUUGACAUUUGAACAAAAAUAUUUUAAACUUUCAAACUUUCUACUUUUUAAAUUAAUUACAGUAUUAUUAUAUAUUAGUUGAAAACAGUUUCAUUACCGUCAUUAUUUUAUAUUGUCAUGUAUAGAUCUAAUAAUAAUUUAUUCAUACUAUAAUUUAUUUUAAGAUAAUUACUUGAUUUGCAUUUUUCUAC